UACAACUAUUGUUCCCAUUAAUAAUUAUAAGGCCAGUGAAAGCUUCAUCUCCAUCAAAACCAUCCCUCAAGCUUUCAAUUGAAACCAUAAAUCUGAGAUUUGCGUUCUGAUAAGGGGUUCAUCUACUCAACAGAUGUUUAGGAAAAUGAUUUGUGGGAAGAACCAACGCAAGUCCAUAGACAACAAUAAUGGCUCCAGAAAGAAGAUCAAAGGCACAGUGGUUUUGGUGAAGAAGAAUAUUCUGGACAUGAACGAUUUGGGUGCCUCGGUUCUUGAUCGAGUUCAUGAGUUCUUGGGAAAAGGUGUUUCGCUUCAGCUUAUCAGCUCUGAUCGUGGCGACCCAGCAAAUGGCGAGCACGGGAAGGUGGGAAAACCAGCAUAUCUUGAGAAGUGGAUUACGACAAUCACAUCAGUGGCAUCGGCUAGCGAGGCUUCGUUCAACGUUACAUUCGACUGGGAUGAGGCCAUGGGUGUUCCUGGUGCUUUCAUGAUCCGAAACCACCACCACAGACAGUUCUACCUUAAGACAGUGACCUUAGAGGAUGUUCCCCGGCACGAUCAAAUCCUUUUCGUGUGCAAUUCUUGGGUUUACCCAGCACAUCGCUACAGAAAUGACCGCGUCUUCUUCACAAACAAGACCUACCUACCACACAAUACACCAGAACUACUACGCCAUUAUCGGGAGCAAGAACUUGUUAAUCUCCGAGGAAAUGGAUCGGGCAUGCUCAAGGAGUGGGAUAGAGUUUAUGACUACGCAUACUACAAUGAUUUGGGAAUGCCCGACAAAGGAUCAGAUUAUAAACGGCCAGUUCUUGGUGGAUCUGAGGAGUACCCAUAUCCCCGAAGAGGAAGAACUGGCAGGGCACCAACUAAAGCCGAUCCUAACACUGAAAGAAGAUUACCUCUUCUUAGUUUAAACAUUUAUGUUCCAAGAGAUGAACGGUUCAAUCAUGUGAAGAUGUCGGAUUUCCUUGCUUACGCACUCAAAUCCGUAGGACAGGUACUCCUGCCAGAGGUCAAGGCUUUAUUUGACAAAACUCCUAAUGAGUUCGAUACAUUCCAAGACAUACUAAACCUUUAUGAAGUGGGGUUUAAGCCGCCAAAAGGGUUCUCGUUAUAUAAAUUUAGGAACUGCAUCCGAUGGGAGAUGCUGAAGGAGCUCUUCCGCUCUGAUGGUGGUGAGCGGUUCCACAAAUUUCCUAUGCCCGAUGUAAUCAAAGAGGAUAGGUCUGCCUGGAGGACAGACGAGGAGUUCGCACGAGAAAUGCUUGCGGGUGUGAACCCUGUUAUCAUCCGACGCCUCCAAGAAUUUCCACCUGCUAGCAAGCUCGAUCCUAAAAUAUAUGGUAAUCAAACCAGUUCAAUGACCAGAGAGCUAAUUGAGAAGAACAUGGGUGACCUAACAGUAGAUGAAGCAAUUGAGAAUAACAAGCUGUUCAUAUUGGAUCAUCACGAUGCACUAAUGCCAUACCUGACACGGAUAAACUCAACCACCACGAAGACCUAUGCCAGUAGAACACUUCUCUUGCUGCAAGAUGACGGAACAUUGAAGCCAUUGGCAAUCGAGUUGAGCCUACCACAUCCACAAGGUGAACAACAUGGUGCCAAAAGCCAAGUCUUCACUCCAGCAGACCUCGGCAUUGAAGGUGCCGUUUGGCAACUGGCUAAAGCUUACGCUGCAGUAAGUGAUUCUGGUUACCAUCAGCUCAUUAGCCACUGGUUGAACACGCAUGCAGUAAUUGAGCCAUUUGUCAUUGCAACGCAUAGACAAUUAAGCGUGCUUCACCCAAUACAUAAGCUCUUGCAUCCCCAUUUCCGCGAUACUAUGUAUAUAAACGCCUUGGCUCGACAGAUCCUCAUCAAUGCUGGUGGGGUGCUUGAGAGAACUGUCUUUCCAGCUAGAUAUGCAAUGGAAAUGUCUUCUGUAAUUUACAAGGGCUGGAAUUUCACUGAGCAGGGACUUCCAGCUGAUCUGCUUAAAAGAGGAGUGGCAGUUGAAGACUCAAGCCAACCAUAUGGCCUGAAACUUCUGAUAGAGGAUUACCCCUAUGCUGUUGAUGGACUUGAAAUCUGGUUCGCAAUUGAAACAUGGGUUCGUGAAUAUGCAACUUUUUACUACUCCACGGAUGAGUUAGUUCGAGGUGACUCCGAACUCCAGUCUUGGUGGAUAGAGCUCCGGAAUAAGGGCCAUGGUGACAAGAAAGACGAGCCAUGGUGGCCAAAGAUGCAGACACGAGAUGACGUCAUCAAAACAUGCACCAUUGUUAUAUGGGUGGCUUCUGCCCUCCACGCAGCUGUCAAUUUUGGCCAAUACCCUUACGCUGGCUAUCUUCCUAACCGCCCAACUGUGAGCCGCCGGUUCAUGCCAGAGCCUGGGACUUCUGAGUAUAGUGAGCUUGAAACAAACCCUGAGUUAGCCUACCUGAAAACAAUAACAGCCCAGUUCCAAACCCUCCUCGGCGUGUCACUGAUAGAGAUAUUGUCCAGGCAUUCUGCAGAUGAGGUUUAUUUGGGACAGAGGGAAACUCAGGAUUGGACUGCGGAUACCCAACCUCUAGAUGCAUUUGCAAGAUUUGGGAGCAAGCUGGAGCAAAUAGAGAAAAGAAUAAUGGACCGGAACAACGAUUACAAGAGAUACAAAAACCGGUUUGGGCCCGUCAAAGUGCCUUAUACCUUGCUCUAUCCUAACACCUCGGAUUACACCAGAACUAGUGGACUUACAGGGAAGGGAAUUCCCAACAGUAUCUCAAUCUAGAAACUCUUGAAGUAAUUAAUUCGUAAACGAGUGUUUUUGUAGCUACUCAUUUUGCUAGUAUGUAUGUUCUCUAGAAAUCAACUCUCGAGCCACUUCAGUAAAAAUUGGCUUUUGUAAUAUCGAUUUUUCUUGGUUUUUGAAGGCCAGUAUAUAUAUGCAGAUUAUUCUCAAUGUUCC